AUGGAGCACAACAUAGAUCUUCCGCGUCUGCCACCCUGGAAAAGCCCGCAGUUCCGCAGGAUCAAACAUGUCAAACACUCAACAGAUGAGGAUUUCAACGUUGGGAUGGGCACAUCGGCAAAUGUAUUCAGCGACUCUUCGCUCUACACUCCGUUGAAUUACAAGAAUGAACGCAAUAGAAACAGGGAUAUGAAUGGGAAACAAAGGGCACCAGGGAUAUCUGAAAACACUCUCAGUUUCAAAUACGAUCCGUCACCUUUCAUACUCCAUGAUAAUAUACUAAACAAGACAAAAGUGGAUCAAUUGCAACAACAAGAGGUUGCCAUGAGAAGACUUUUUGAUAAAGAUAGAGCAAUACCUGAAUCCAGGCUCAAUGUACCGUAUUACCAAACGCUAUGGAGAGAACAGCUAGAUUUAAUGGAUGAUGACAUGCCAGAAACAAGUCCGAAAUUCGAUUACUCGAACUCAUCUCAAGAUCUAUACAAACAGCUCCGGCAGUUCCAAACAGCAUUUGUCCAAAAUGAGGCGUGGAAGUACGAGGAAAACACUGAAUAG